AUGUGUAAAUUUGGCGCCGCUGAUGCGUCAAUUGCGUCGUAUGAUAUUUUACUACCUGCAUUAGUGCUUUGUCGAACGAUCGAAGAAAACUUAAUGAAUCAGCUUCAAAGUUGGGGGAGCCCAAACAUUACCGAAACGAUUGAUGAAAAAGAAUUCAAAAGGAAAUAUAGAAUACUGGCACACCGUAUCUUAUGGUCGAUUACCACAGCGUUGCACGAGCUAGUUGACAAGAUUUCUUUUAAAGAAAAGGCUAAAUCACUUUAUGACUGUGGUACUUAG